AGAAAUAAGAGGACCUGCUCCUCCAAUUUAAAGUCAGUUUGGCCAGUGAACACAAGCGGAUUUACAGAUCACCAUGAGCUCUUAACAGAAACAAAAAGGCCACUAGAUACCAUCUCUCAACAAGCUUUUUAUAGUGGUGAAUCUGUGUCAGCUGUGGAAAAGCAGUAUCUACAUAAUAGUAAUCUCACACCACAACAAAAAAUAGAUGAACUUUAUCAUGGAUUUACUGGCUUAGACCUUGAAGAACAAUGGAUGUACCCCUCACGAAGUGAUCACUCUAACUAUUACAAUAUCCAGACAAGUGAUACAGCUAAAUCAACAUUCCAAGAAUAUCCAUUUAUCAAAAAUUGUUUUACACCACGAACUGGUCUGUCUGACAUCAUGAAAGAGUCUGGAGUUGAUACUUACCCUUAUGGGAGAGAAAAAAUAUGUGCUAAAGGUCUUGAAGCUCCAUUACAACAAAAAAGGGCAGAAAUGUUUCUUUCCCAAUUUAAUAGAUACAACGAAAAUGUAGAUUACUGUAGAUACCCAGAAUAUGCUCAUCCUAAUAAAGCUAAGCUUAAUAAAUGUUCUAAUUUUAAUGUCCAAGACAGUAAAAAAUUAGCCAAUGGCACACCUGAAACACCAUCGGUAGAAGCAGAUACCUACACAAAGUUAUUUCAAGUUAAACCAGCAAAUCAGAAAAAAAUGGAGGAGGCAAUACCGGACCAGCAGAAUUUCACAUUUCCCAAAACUACAUCACAUCAGACAGAAAAACAGUUUGCAAAGGAAGCAGCAUUCACUGCUGAUUUUGGCUUAAAAUCAGAAUAUGGACUGAAACCUCAUACAGCUUGUCCAGCUAAUAAUGAUUUUGCUAAUGUCACAGAAAAGCAGCAGUUUGCUAAACCUGAUCCCUCAAGUUCUGAGUAUUUUAAAUCAGUGAAUUUGUUAUCAAAUGCAGCAACAUCUUCAGGAAGCAUCAACUUAAGCAGACCAACUUGGAUGAAUGUUCAAACAAAAAAUAAUACUCCUAUUCCUUAUCGAAAUCAAGGUACCUUGAUGAAAUUAAAUAGUCAUUUAAGUGCUGCUGCAAAAGGUUCUAACCAUUCAGAUUUUCCCCAAAUAUCAUCCACAAACUUAACCCCAAAUAGCAAUUUAUUUCAAAAGUAUUGCCAAGAAAACUCUUCAGGAUUUUCUAGUUUUGAUUUUAGUUACAAUGGUGCAGAAAGAAUUCAAUCUGUCAGUCACUUGGAAGGACUGACAAAGACUGGAGAAGAAAAUUUCUUUGAAUUGGUUACUGAUAAAAAAAUAAAGCAGCCAAAUGGAUUUUGUGAUAGUUACUCACCUCAGCAAUAUGGGAUCAUUGAAAAUGUGAACAAACAUAAUUUUCAAGCUAAGCCUCAGAGUGGACAUUAUGAUCCUGAGGAAGGUCCAAAACAUUUAGAUGGCUUAUCUCAAAAUACAUACCAAGAUCUGUUGGAGUCACAGGGUCACUUUAAUAGCCACAGACAGGGAAGUGGAGACAGCAAUAUUAAUAGCCGUGUGACUCGCACACAGGCAUCAUGCUUUUCUAAUAAUUAUAUGAUGGGAGAUAUAAGGCAUAAUCAGAGUUUUCAACAACUUGGUUCCAAUGGCUUUCCCCUAAGAUCUACCCACCCAUUUGGCCAUUCUGUUAUUCCACUAUUGGAUUCCUAUGAUUUGUUUUCUUUUGAUGACUUAAGCCAUUUAUACCCUUAUUUUAAUGAUAUGAUGUAUGGUGAUAAUUCCUUUUCUGGUUUCGUGCCAACUUUUGGAUUUCAAAGACCAAUUAAAACCCGUAGUGGACCAGCUAGUGAACUUCAUAUUCGUCUAGAAGAGUGCUAUGAACAGUGGAGAGCAUUAGAGAAGGAGAGAAAGAAGACUGAAUUAGCCCUUGCCAAGAAUUACCCAGGGAAAAAAAUAUCCAGUAUUAACAGUACUCCAUUUCCAAGGCUGACCUCCAAUCCAUCUAGAGUUGAUCGCUUAAUUGUGGACGAACUUCGAGAACAAGCCAGAGUUGUGACUUUAUUAGGCAAAAUGGAACGUCUUCGAAGCUCUCCCCUUCAUGCUAAUAUCUCUACUGCUCUUGAUAGACACUUGGAGUCCAUUCACAUCGUACAGUCACGUAGAAAGGAUGAAAUUGUAAAUGCUUCAAAUCGGCAAAGGCAAGGAGUUCCUAGGUGCCAAGAUGACAGAGAUGUUUUUGCUCUUGCUUCAGCAAUUAAAGAGAUGUGUGUGGCUACUCAGAAAGCCCGUACUACCCUAUGGUGUGCCCUGCAGAUGACCUUGCCCAAAACAGUCAGUACAGCUGGUCAAGCAGAUGUGGAAAAAGCUUUACAAGAUAUAGUAAAUUGUGAAAAUAAAGUCCAUGAAAGCAUAAAUAGUAGCAAUUCACUGAACCAGAGAGGUGAAACAAACAAACAUUAA